UCAUCUCUGAUCAUCAAAUAGCCAUCCCUGCUUUCAUCCACUUGCCUCCAGAUUCAUAUCCUUUCCUUUGUCUCCAAUUCAAACCAAAUUCUGACCUUUCAUUCACCCACCCUUCAAUCUCUUUCUCUCCAGAAGAAGAAAAGAUGAGGCCGAAGAGCCAGAAUCCCCUGAACUUUAAGCUUCUGCUCAUCGGUGUCUUCCUAGCUUUCCUUCUCCUCUUCGUGUUGAGAUCGCGCUUCUCAUCUUCGGAUGAGAGCCCGUCUCCAAUCUCUCAGACUAGUAUUUUCCCAAAAGCCUCACAUUCAUUGAAAGAUGCAAAGCCAUCCAACUGCUCAUCAACCUGCACCAAAAUCCCACCUUCCCUGGCUCAAGCUCUCGUCCACUACUCAGCCUCAAGCAUCACCCCACAACAAACCCUCAAGGAAAUCUCAGUGACAGCCAAGGUUUUGCAGAGGAAGUCCCCCUGCAACUUCCUAGUCUUCGGCCUAGGCCACGACAGCCUAAUGUGGAGCAUGCUAAACUAUGGAGGGCGGACCAUUUUCCUCGAGGAAGAUGCGAGCUGGAUCGAGCAAAUCAAGCUGAGAUUCCCCAUGUUGGAAUCGUUUCAUGUGACUUAUGACAGCAAAGUGAACCAAGCCGAUGAUCUGCUGCAAGUUGGCAAGGGUCCUGAAUGCACUGCAGUUGGUGACACUAGGUACUCAAUGUGCCAGCUUGCCCUGAAAGGGCUGCCGAGUGAAGUUUAUGAAACAAAGUGGGAUCUGAUCAUGGUGGAUGCUCCAACAGGGUACCACGAGGAGGCUCCCGGGAGGAUGAGUGCCAUAUACACUGCCGGCAUGAUGGCUAGGAACCGCGAUGAUGGAGAGACCGAUGUGUUUGUGCACGACGUGAACAGGGAUGUUGAGGAUAAGUUCUCUAGGGAAUUCUUGUGUGAUGGGUACCUGAGGAAACAACAAGGGAGGCUAAGGCAUUUCAGGGUCCCAAGUCACAGGGGUAGCCUGCCCAAGCCCUACUGCCCUUGAUAAAAACCAUACUCUCUUCCUUUCUUUCUUCCUUUCUAUUGCUUCUUCUUCAGCUUUUAUCUUCUCCUCUGUGAAGGGAUUGAUCAUUGAUCAUUGAGCCAUUUCCAUUUUUUCAAGUUUUUUCAAGUUCUGAUGAUGCCCGUAGAAUGAAACAUGAAAACGAGAUGCCUGCAACUGCCUUGAUGAAGCUUCCUUGAACUUCAAUAAAGUGGCAUAAUGCCCACAAGCUAUAGCAUCAUAUAGUUUAGCUUAGCUUAGCUCAAGUUUGUGUUAUAUAUAUAUAUAUAUAUAUGCUAUUAGACAGCCAACCAUUUGAUCAGCCAUUUGAAUGCCUCUCUGUUCUGGAAAUUAAUCAAAUUCACACUUUGAAGAGAAUUCCAUGAUUUGGACA